UUUGGAGAAGACGUGCGACUUUCCUGCACGCAUUCAGCUGCUCGGCGCGCUGUGCUUGCUUUUGUGGGAACUGUAAACGAUUCAGCUGGGACAUUGUUUUCGUUAGUUUGGGGAAUAGUCGUGUCCAGGAGAUCUUUUAACGACGAAGGCUUCUUUCUCAGGUCCAUGGUGUGAAAUCUCUCAAACACUGGAGGAGAGAAGUGAAAGAUGACGCAGUUUCUCCCACCGAACCUGCUGGCCCUGUUUGCCCCUCGGGACCCCAUACCCUUCCUACCUCAGCUGGAGAAAUUACCCCAUGAGAAGCACCACAAUCAGCCAUACUGUGGUAUCGCUCCUUUCAUCAGGCACUUUGAGGAUCCAAGGGAUGCCCCUCCACCCACCAGAGCAGAGACUCGUGAUGAACGUCUUGAAAGAAAGAGGCGGGAGAAGAUCGAAAGACGGCAGACGGUGUUGGAGACAGAACUGAAGCUUUGGGACCCUCAUAAUGACCCAAAUGCACAAGGAGAUGCUUUCAAGACCUUGUUUGUUGCGCGAAUUAACUAUGAUACUACAGAGUCCAAGCUUCGACGUGAGUUUGAGGUCUACGGCCCUAUUAAACGGAUCUAUAUUGUCUACAACAAGAAGACAGGAAAGCCUCGUGGUUAUGCUUUUAUCGAGUACGAGCAUGAACGAGACAUGCACUCUGCCUAUAAGCAUGCAGACGGGAAGAAGAUUGACGGCAGAAGAGUGUUGGUGGACGUGGAACGAGGACGCACCGUCAAGGGAUGGCAUCCACGCAGGCUAGGAGGAGGACUGGGUGGUACACGGAGAGGUGGAGCUGACGUCAACAUCAAGCACUCUGGUCGAGACGAUGCCUCACGUUAUGAUGAUCGUUCACUGGGCGGUGACCGGGUAGAGCGGAGGGAGCGCAGUCGGGACCGCGAUCGUGACAAAGAGAGAGAACGUCGCCGGUCCCGUUCACGUGAAAGGCGCAGACAUACCCGGUCCAGGGAACGAGAGAGGGAGAGAGAGAGGGUGAUUGGAGCGGUAGAGGAUGGCGGCAGUAGUAGCCGGCGUCGGGAACGAGACCGAGAACGUGGGGGAACAGCGGGAGGAGACAGCAGGAGUAGGGAAAGAAGUAAAGACCAGAAGAAGAGGAGCAGGAGCAGGGAUCGCAAGAGAGACAGGGAGAGAGGCAAAGGCCUGGAUGGGGAAGAGGUUGCCCAGGCGGUAGGUGCCACAGAGGAUGGGGAGCGCAUGCCUGAAGAGACUGAGGGAGAGGUAGGUGAGGGCACAGAGGAGCGCAAAGACAGGGACAGAGACAGGGACAGAGACAGAAGACGGAGCCAUAGGGACAGAGACAGGCGUAGGGAGCGUGACAGGGACCGGGAACACAAGAGGGAGCGUGGGGAGAGAGACAGGGUGGAGCGGAGAGAGGAUCGCCACGGCCCCACACGAGAUGACAUGGGUCCCCAAGGCGACAUAGGCAACGAAGAUGAUGGUGCGCCGGCCAACGUGGAGGAGUACAGUCAGGACGGAAUGAUGGACCAGCAGUCGUUCCAGUCAGCCGAAGAUUAUGGUUCUGGUGAGAAUGGCUUCAAGAUGGAUGAACAAGGAGAAGGGUAUUGAGCUGGUCCUCCAUAAGGACACUGUCACUUCCACAUGAGAUGUUUUCUAGUGUACUUGGACUCAGCCCCUGACUUUCAGCCCAAAGCUUUCAUCAUUUCAGGGCUUUCUGUAAAUGAACAGUCCAGCUAGCUUUCCUGUCUGUAUGUUGCACGUACAGUGAAUACAUUUAAAUUCGAUCUCAUUUAAACAACAGUUCUCCUGCAUUGCUCAGCUAAUGUGUGCCACUAAAUGUCAUUAAAGUACCUUAACUGUCUUUAUUUUUAUUUGUGUAGGAGGCGGGGUGUGGGGGUCUUGGUUGACGUUUUGUUGACUUGGGUAAAAAUUUAAAGCAGAAAAACUUGAUCUAAAUUAGUUUGAAUUGGUGAUUCUGUUGAAGAUAGAUGCAGCUGUUAGAUGGUUCAGAUUUUGAUCCAACUACUAACAUGUUUAAAAUGGAACCUGGCAUAGUAUUGUAACAGUGGGGGGCUGUUGUCUUAUCUGUUUUUUUUAAUUGUGUCUGCUGUUUCUAGAUUUGCAGGGUUCUUUUAAUAAAGAUGUGGCUUGACAGCAGAA